AUCUCGAGUUGCGACUGUUGAAAAAAUCUGUUGGGUAUUUUGAUAAUACACUUUCCCCUAUUAUUUCAAUUUUUUAUUUCGCAUACAUAAAAGUAAUAAUUUUUCAGCAUUCUAAAUAUUUGUCUCUGAAGAUAGACUUUCGAAUUAUAAAUAAUAUUCGAGAAGAUUUAGAUCUCUGUGCGAUGGACUUGUCUAGUAACUUUGAAAAGAUGGAUUCAAACGGUCGCUACACGCGUCGGGAGUCAACACCGACGCGACAUACACCAUCGAUGACGUCACGACCGAACGAAUCGUGGAGACCCGUGGACUGGGCGUGUUUACUCCGAACGUUCGGUCGACGCGAUCGAAGGAUCCGCGCGAGUACCCGAGAGAAACGCGAGGGCACGCGACCAAGGCAGAAUGCACGAGGUGGAUUGAAGUUGGAAAAAGUGCCUUCAGCGGUGACGCACCGCCGACUCCAAUUGGCCUGGUUGAGAAAGAAAGCGCGUACUUGUCGAAGCCAUGGCCAGUAUUUUCCAGGCGGUAACGACGAUCGUCGUUGCCUGUUGGUUCUACUGCCUGCUGGGCGUUGUCGGCCAGUACGAGUGGCAACCACAGGACACAUUCGACGAUGUCCGCACGCAGAUGGACAAGGUGAACCACGACAACUGCCCGAUACAGCACCUCGGCGACUUGUAUCUGCCAAUAGACGCGGUGUCGCAUCUGCCCGACGCAAAGGACAUCAACAUCAACCCGGUGUUCCCGAAUCGCACGGCCCUGCUGCACCUUUAUAACAUGGCGCAGAGCAGGAGCUUCUUCUGGAGCUACAUCCUGCAGUCGCGCUUCAUCCGACCGGCGAUCAACGACACCUACGACCCAGGCAUGAUGUAUUACUUCUUCUCCACGGUGGCAGAUGUUGCCGCCAACCCGUACAUCAAUGCGUCGGCCAUCUAUUUCUCGCCCAAUAUGUCUUACUCGCCGUCCUACAGAGGCUUCUUCAAUAAGACUUUUCCGCGAUUCGCGCCACGGACCUUCAGGGCGGAUGACUUCAACGAUCCCAUACACCUGGAAAGGAUAUCCACCAGAAAUACAUUUAUUGUGGAGGAUUUAGGGGCGUUUCCCAGUACCAGGCUCAGCGACGAUUACACCACUGAUUUUUAUCGUAUAAACGAAUGGUACAAGAUGUGGUUGCCAGAUGUGGUAGAAAAGAGGCACGAUACUAAGACGACGUACCAGGUUGAAAUUCGCUAUGCCAACAAUACAAAUGAAACAUAUACUUUCCACGGCCCACGCGAUGCUGACGAAAAUCCUGGACCUGUCAAGUGGACCAGACCAUAUUUCGAUUGUGGCCGAUCAAAUCGAUGGCUCGUAGCCGCGGUAUCACCUGUGGCAGAUAUUUAUCCACGACACACUGGCUUCAGGCAUAUCGAGUACCCAACGUACACUGGCAUUUCAGUAAUGGAGAUGGACUUUGAGAGGAUAGAUAUAAAUCAAUGUCCCAAGAGUCCAGGGAACGAUGGUCGUAACAGAUUCGCAAAUACCUCAAAGUGCAAGCUCGAUACUACCGAGUGCGAACCGAUACAUGGUUGGGGCUUCAGAAAAGGUGGAUAUCAAUGUAGAUGUAAACCAGGUUACAGAUUACCGACCGUAGUACGACGAUCUUAUCUGGGUGAAAUAAUAGAGAGAGCGACGCAGGAACAAUACUACAAUAAUUUUGAUUGCUCGCGGAUUGGCUGGGUUCAUAAAACACCAGCGCAAUGGGAGAAGAUGAAGCCGUACAUCAGAGAAAAAUAUCUCACGCAGAAUAAUCAUUAUAGAAAUCAUUCGACCGGUCCGGCUGCGCUUCACGACACAAAGCUGAACAUUGACGAGUCUCUCAGAUUUAUUCUGGGUGUGAAUGCGAGGACCUGUAAUAGUUAUGCGCCGCAAGAUUUGGUGCUACGCGGAGACAUUAGCUUCGGUGCGGAAGAGUUCUUCGAGAACGAAGCGAAAAUGGCGGUUAGAUUGGCAAACUUUAUCAGCGUAUUUCUACAAGUAUCAGAUCCCUUGGAAGUUUACUCGGGCAAAAGAGUAGCCGACAAACCUCUCACGGAAGAUCAAAUGAUAGGGGAGACCCUGGCUCUGGUACUCGGCGAUUUAAGGAUAUUGUCAGCUGGCACCUUUUGGGACCGUAAUAAAUUUAGCAACAGAACGUUCUUCGCUCCGUACGCUUAUAGGUCGACUGAUCGCAACUUUCGCGUUGAAGAUUUAGCGAGGCUCAAUGCCACAGAUGAAGCAUAUAUGAAGAAGAGUUAUUUCAAAGUAUUGAAGCAACGUUGGGCAACGAAUUUUGAUCAACUAGAGAAAUAUUAUAUGAAAAUAAAAGUUCGAUCCAAUGAAACUGGCGAGCACUUGAAAAAGUUCGAGCACUAUCCAACUGAUUACAGGGCAGCAAACCUGGACCAUGGACACUGGACCUCUCCGUACUUCGAUUGUAACGGCAAGGUGAAGAAGUGGGUAAUUACCUAUGCAUCCCCAUUUUUCGGCUGGGACAGCUUGAAGGCGAAACUGGAAUUCAAGGGUGUCGUAGCUGUUACCAUGGAUAUGCUUCGACUGGAUAUAAAUCAAUGCGAUGAUAAAUUUUACCAACCAAACGCAUUCAAGGAUACGCACAAGUGCGACAGAAAGACCUCAUAUUGCGUACCAAUCCUUGGGAGAGGAUUUGAGACAGGUGGAUACAAAUGUGAAUGCAAGCAAGGCUUUGAAUAUCCAUACGAGGAUACAUUUACAUAUUAUGACGGGCAAAUAAUGGAAGCUGAAUUCAAUAAUCUUGUUGAUGACAACGCAACAAGAUAUGAUAUGUUCAAAUGUCGAUUGGCUGGUGCUGCAUCGAUUCAAGUUAGUUGGGUUCUAUUGCUGUUGGUCCUGAUAGUCUUUCCAGUUCAAAGAGGACGAAUAUGAAAUACUCUUAGUAUUUUCUAAGACAAAAUAUCUACAGUUACACUUUUUUACUGUAUUAGCUACCUUUUUCAAGCCGUCCAUAAUGUAAGCCGUCCAUGUAAAUGUAAGUUAGUUACUGUUAUUGAACACACACGCACACAUACACACACACACAGGCAUACAUUACAGAAGAAGUUACUAAAUAAGAUUUUUAUAAUAACAAUGAACGUGCGUAAAUGCAGAACAAUAAUUUAUUAUAUUUUUAUAU